GCUGCCCGGUGCCGGUUGUCUGUCGGAUCCGAGCCGGGCCGAGCCGGGACUAGCAGAGGCGGCGGCGGCCCCGCCCCAGGCUCCAUUGUUGAGGCAGCUGCGCGUGUGGUGCGGUGCGGUGCGGUGGAGUGCGGUGAGGGAACUGCGAUCGACGGCGCCCGAGGGCCGGAGCAAUGGAAGAGUUAAUAGUUGAGCUUCGCCUGUUUCUUGAGCUUCUGGACCAUGAGUACCUAACGUCAACCGUCAGGGAGAAGAAAGCGGUACUGACCAACAUCCUGCUUCGGAUACAGUCGUCCCGAGGCUUUGACGUGAAGGACCAUGCUCAGAGACCAGAGACCAACAGCCUGCCAGCACCACCUCAAAUGCCCCUGCCAGAGAUACCUCAGCCCUGGCUGCCUCCUGACAGCGGGCCUCCGCCGCUGCCAACGUCCGCCCUCCCGGAAGGCUACUAUGAAGAAGCCGUGCCGCUGAGCCCCGGAAAGGCCCCGGAAUACAUCACAUCCAAUUAUGACUCAGACGCCAUGAGCAGCUCCUACGAGUCGUACGACGAGGAGGAGGAGGAUGGGAAGGGGAAGAAGGCCCGGCACCAGUGGCCCUCGGAGGAGGCCUCCAUGGACCUCGUGAAGGACGCCAAGAUCUGCGCCUUCCUGCUGCGCAAGAAGCGCUUCGGCCAGUGGACCAAGCUGCUCUGUGUCAUCAAGGACACCAGGCUGCUGUGCUACAAGAGCUCCAAGGACCAGCAGCCGCAGAUGGAGCUGCCACUGCAGGGCUGCAGCAUCGCGUACAUCCCGAAGGACAGCAAGAAGAAGAAGCACGAGCUGAAGAUCACACAGCAAGGCACAGACCCGCUGGUGCUCGCGGUCCAGAGCAAGGAGCAGGCUGAGCAGUGGCUGAAGGUGAUCAAAGAAGCGUACAGUGGCUGCAGUGGACCCGCAGACGUGGAGUGCGCAGCCGUGGCCAGCGCCCCGGUGCAGAAGGCGGAGCUGGAGAAGAAGCUGUCCUCGGAGAGGCCCAGUUCAGAUGGGGAGGGCGCUGUGGAGAAUGGAGUCGCCUGCAACGGGAAGGAGCAAGUGAAGAGGAAGAAAAGCUCCAAAUCGGAGGCUAAGGGCACAGUGCCGAAAGUCACCGGGAAGAAGAUCACCAAGAUCAUCAGCUUGGGGAAGAAGAAGCCGUCCACGGAUGAGCAGACCUCGUCCGCCGAGGAGGACGUGCCCACCUGUGGCUACCUGAACGUGCUGUCCAACAGCCGCUGGCGGGAGCGCUGGUGCAGGGUGAAGGACAGCAAGCUCAUCUUCCACAAGGACAGGGCCGACCUGAAGACGCACAUCGUCUCCAUCCCGCUGCGCGGCUGCGAGGUAAUCCCGGGCCUGGACUCCAAGCACCCCCUGACCUUCCGGCUGCUCCGCAAUGGACAGGAGGUGGCUGUGCUCGAGGCCUCCUCUUCAGAAGACAUGGGCAGGUGGAUCGGGAUCCUGCUGGCAGAGACAGGGUCCUCCACAGACCCGGGCGCCCUGCACUACGACUACAUCGAUGUGGAGAUGUCCGCCAGCGUCAUCCAGACCGCCAAGCAGACCUUCUGCUUCAUGAACAGGCGCGGGGUAUCCACCAGCCCAUACCUGGGGAGCACUGCCAAUGGCUACGCGAACCCCAGUGGCACAGCACUACACUACGAUGACGUCCCCUGCAUCAAUGGUUCGCUCAAGGGUAAGAAGCCCCCAGUGGCAUCUAAUGGGGUGCCUGCAAAGGGGAAGACUCUGAGCAGCCAGCAGAAGAAAGCGGAUUCGACGGCCAGCGUGCGGCGGACGGCUUCCAAUGCCGACCAGUACAAAUACGGCAAGAACCGGGUGGAGGCAGACGCCAAGCGGCUGCAGACCAAGGAGGACGAGCUGCUGCAGAAGAAGGAGACUCUGCGGAACAGGCUGGCGCAGCUGCGGAAGGAGAGGAGAGACCUGCGGGCGGCCAUCGAAGUGAACGCAGGCAGGAAGACCCAGGUGGUGCUGGAGGAGAAACUGAGGAAGCUGGAGGAGGAGUGCAAGCAGCGGGAGGCAGAGCGUGUGAGCCUGGAGCUGGAGCUCACCGAGGUCAAGGAGAGCCUGAAGAAGGCCCUGGCUGGUGGCGUCACCCUUGGGCUGGCCAUUGAGCCCAAGUCAGGGACCUCGAGCCCGCAGUCCCCUGUGUUCCGGCAUCGGACUCUGGAGAACUCCCCAGUCUCCAGCUGUGACACGAGUGACGCUGAGGGGCCCCUGCCUGUGAACAGUGCUGCUGUCCUGAGGAAGAGCCCUCCAGCCACAGGCAGCUCGCCCUGCCGGGGCCAUGUGCUUCGGAAGGCCAAGGAGUGGGAACUGAAGAAUGGGACAUAGGGAGGAGGCAGCCCCAGCCCCGGCCCCAGGCCGAGGCUGCACCCCGCCAGUCCUCAUCUGCGACACGGUGCUCCCCUGAGUGGCCUGCUCGGGACAUCUGAAGUUCUGCACCCGAGUGCUGCCACCUUCGCCCACCCACCAGCGUGUCCUCCUACUGUAGAACGGUGCCCUUUGGAGAAGUUUACUUGUAAGACUUUAGCUUCUGAUUUUUCUUGUUAAAUAAAGUAGAAAAGAGAAAGAGACGAGGAGCUAUCGUGCAAGGUUCCUACGGCUGACAAGCUGUGUCUCUCCAGCCAGCUGAAGGACUGCUUCGCCCAGGUCCUGCCUGCCCCAGCAGCAGAUCCCGGCUGGGUGGGCGGACGGGCCCUGGACCCCAGAUGAGCCUGGCCACUGCCCACAGCUCCCCAGGGUCCCAGCCAUCUCGAGGUUGGGGUUCUGUGGCCGUGGUGGCGUCAUCGUGCGCAGUGUGCCCAGGCCCCUCAGGAUCAGCAGUGAAGGCGGAAGGACCUCGUGCUGCCAAGCGGUCGUACCUUCCAGGUUGCUUUCUUUCGGACAGAUGCUUUUGCCUCCAGAACAUGAAAAGGUGCCAUUGUUCUUUAGGAAGUGUCUUCUUGCCGUGUGUCUCGCCUAGCGCUAGAGUCUUCAGAUACCCGUGCUGCUUGUGACAGUGUCGGGGGUUAUUUUGUGCAGCAUGGCUGGAGUAGGCCUGGAACAGCAGGCAGGAUCUAAGCUCGCAGGUUGGGGACCCUCAGAACCUGGAGCCAGAGCCAACGCUGCUUGGACACUGAGAUGUGGACAUACGGUGCGCCGGCCUGGCCCUGCUGCGCCGUGCCCCGCUGCCCCCCGAGCAGUAUUCCUGCAGAGUUCAGAUGAGGAGAGCGAGACCGAGAGCACCAGUCGGCAGUUUCUGCUUGGGUCCGCAGGAAACGGAGUUCUGGGUCCCUGAAGGUGCUGCCAGGGAAGAUACAGCCUUGUCGCAGAAGAGACAGCACCAGACCCACAGUGCGCUGGCUCAGGCCUGCUCCUGAGCCAGGCUGCGUGGAGCCCGACCCUCACCCUAGCCCCAAGUGCUUUUGGAUAGCACAAAGCAUCUUCUGCCCUGUGCAUAGGCCUGGGGGCUGGGGUCCUUUCUCUACGUCACACCGGGUACCCAAGGGGCUGUUUGAUCCCUUCAGGAGUAGGACGGUCAUGUGGGACAUGAGAGAGGCUCCCCACAGGGAAACUAGCUCCUGCUGCCCUGGUCCUCUGGAGCUUGAAUGUACUGAGAAGCCAUCUGCCCCAGUGUUUCAGGGUCGCCAGGCCCUUGGCCUGAAGCUGCACCCAGUCACGCCAGCACUCACCACUCCCUCCAGGGAUGGUAUCUCACAGGAAGCUGUAGCACUUCAUUCCAUAAGAAAACUACAUUUUUUUUAUAAAGAGAAGAAAUUCAUACACCAGCAAUUUUUGCUAUCUUUGAAUCUAAUAAAAUUCUCAAAUCCAGGCUUGCGGGCCAGUCUGACCAGCAGCCAUGGAUCAAGGGCUGCAGAGGCACCAGCCUCGGCCCUGCAGCGGGUCCAUAGCAGAAGUGGCCGUGGGCAGCACCGCCUCUGAACCUGUGUGCCCACAGAGCCUGGGGCUUCAGAAGGGGCCUCACCCUGGGACACCACUGUGGGGCUGAGGCUGCUCUAGCCCAGGCCCUUGCAUAGGAUGAGCUUUGUCAUUCAUUCUUGUUACCCAAAGUUUUUGAAGGAGGCAGCAGGGUAGAGUGAACCCUGCAGGUUCCUGGGACAUCUACAGUGGGGACCGCAAGCGCCCAACACAGGUCCUGGGCCCUGUGGGCCCUGGUGUCCCAGAUUUGACCAGAAAGUCAGUUUAAAGCAUUUGUUUCAAAGUAAGUUAUUUAUUUGUAUAUGUCCCGUAAGUAUAGCUUUAAUUUAUACCUGUACAUAUUAGACACACAGAUGUCCUAGCCUGUUCUGAGGGGGUCUCACUCCAUCACCCUUUCAAAGCACGUCCCAGCAGUGACCCAGCCUGGAAUAGCCCAGGAACCCCAAAGCUAGGGCCAGGUAGCAGAGAGCUGGCUGCCCUGGGCCCAGGGUCGUUGAAGUGUCACCUAGCACCUUUUGAGGUUGCAGAGUGUGGUCCCAAGGGAGGAGGCCACCCAGCAGGACGCGGGCCCAGCAGAGUUCAGGGAGGCCCCAGUCUAGGGCCUCCGUCCUUC